CCUCACCCCAGGUUCUUGUUGGCUUCCUGUAUACUUCCUGACUGCUCCACCAUUGGCGCAACGACAGUAUGGCCUUUGCGCGUCGGCUCGCCAUCCUCCCCGGUGGCCUAGGCGGCCUGGGCUCGAGUAUCGGCAAGAAGCUCCGCCAACAAGGUGCUCGGCUAGCUAUUCUGUAUGCCCCCUUCGAGGCUGCCCGACGCGAUGAGCUGCUAGAGGCUGGCUACGGCGAGCUACCCGCGGGCGAGGAAAUCCGAACGUAUGAAUGCGACAUCACAAACCCCGAGGCUGUCCAGUCCGUCUUCACCACCCUGAAGGAGGACGUUCUCAACCCAUCAUCGACGACGACGCAGUCUGCCCGUGCCUUCCCCAGUAUCCUAGUCAAUACGGCCGGCUAUGUAUCGCUCAGUGAUCUAGAGCUCACCCCGCCGGAAGAAACGCUGAAGCAUCUGCAUACCAAUGUCCUGGGCCCCAUGCUGUGCUCGCAGGCAUUCGCGCGAUUGUACUUGGCCGCCGCUGAGGUGGCUCAUUCGUCACCCAACCCGCCGCCUCCGGGUCGCAUCGUCAACCUGGCCUCGCAAGCCGCACAUGUGGCCCUCCAUCGCCACGGGGCCUAUUGUGCCUCCAAGGCAGCCCUGUUGGGGCUAACGCGCAGUAUGGCUUCUGAAUGGGGAGGCCGCGGUAUCACAGCGAACAGCGUGUCGCCAACGGUGGCCUGGACCGCUCUGGGACAGAAGGCCUGGGGGCAGGAUGAUGUGCGGGAGGCUUUCUUGAAGACGAUCCCGACAGGCAAAUUUGCGCAGCCAGAUGAGGUUGCGGAUGCGGUUCUAUUUCUUUGUCAGGACUCAAGUGGGAUGAUCAAUGGAGCGGACAUUCGCGUAGACGGUGGCUUUACUAUCAGGUAAACUGGACCGAGAUUUGACCUUGACCAGUUGGAGGUCCAUUCUAUGAUAGAUGUCUGAUGCUACAUCGAGCACAAGGAAUGCCAAUCCGGAUAGAGUGGCAUUAAUGAGAACAUGCUUGAAGACAGUUCUUGGCAAGCCGACCCUGGUAUGACAGCUCUAGUAUGUAUAAAGCAUGCUUCCUAUGUCUUGUGAGAAGUAGAAUGAUCAUGGUGUAAAUUCAAGAAGCGCUUGGAAAUCAAUUUUCCCCAAUAUCCGGCUACAGCCUAGAAAAAUUGGUACAAGAUGGCAUCAUACUUAGAUCCUGUCUGUCUAUAAUGCCUAUGCCUAAUUUGAGUUUCAAACACC